AGUCUGGAGAUCCCAGAGGGAGCUAUUACUGAGGGAGAGAGACUCACAGUUGAUGUGGGGGUGGCCUGGCCCUCUCUGGCCUGUUCAAGUUCCCAAAAGGUCUGAGACUCCCGUGUUCUUGAUCUGCGCCAAGAAAGAAACCCAGUUCUCGAUACCAGUCUUAGUCACCAUCUCUCACUUCCUUAACCUUACGAACGAUGACGACAUCACGUCUCUGGGUCUCACUUUCCUCAAAGCAGACCACAACAAGAACUCUGAGGGACUGUACGAGUUCAAGAGAGCAGACAGACAAAUGAUCUUUGAACCUCACAAGAGAUUUGGUGUUCUUCACACAACUCACUUCUGCUCUGUCUGUAUUGCCUGCAUAGACAAUCUGCAGAGUCUUGAGAAGACAACAUUCUGCAUCACUUCUGUGCUACCAAACACCACCAUCCCAGUUGGCGAAAAGGCUUACAGCUAUUUCUUUUUGACAUUUCUCAACCUAAGGACAUGUCUCAGGAGACUGGAUGAGAUAAUAAAAGGAAUGAACUUAGUCGGAUAUGAUGUGAAGAGUGAUGCAUUUGAGUUUAGGGCUACUAAUUCAUCGGAAGAGCCAGAACUAGAGAUUACCAUUACUCAACCAGAGCAUGGAAGAAUUGGUGUUAAUGGAUCCUUGACUGUCCAACAUAAAGAAAUUGACUUCUUCAUUCGAGAGCCAACUUCAGAGGAAAAGCUUUGGCAAAAGAAAAUGUCGGAUUAUACCCUCCAAGAAUUAGUGUGUUCUUUGUUUCCACGCCGGCCAAUACUACUCUGAGUGGUGGUAGGAUCGAGUUCAAAGGUGCCGAAAAAAGGCUCUCAUAUGACAUUUUUCUGGCUCCAGAUGAGGAAGAUCGUGUGCAUAAAAAGCCAUCGGAAUUUGGUAAAGUUACUGAAAGCAGUCUUCCAACUUGCAUUCACCGGAGUGAUUCCACAAAUAUUAGUAUGGAGCAACACUCUUACAUCAAAACCAAAAAUGAAGACAAUGACUCAUCCAGGCCCCUCUCGGUCCCCAUUCAUGGUUCUGAUCCUAAUGAACUGUCCUACAGUGUGAAGGACGACAACACCAUCAUCUCUGAAUCGCACAUCCAGCAGCGUCCACAAACCUUGGAUCACCCUAGUCCCGUAAUGGAACAGACAGGAGAGGCAUUUCCCACAGUACCUGAGAUUCGUAUUGUCUCCCCAGACAACGAGCCAAUAGUAGAAAGUUCUGGUUACAUUGAAGAGUUCACUUCGCAAAAUGAUGAUGCCAUUGCAACCUCCGACCUCACUGAUGUAAUAGGUGAGGGUAGAAAGUUCACAGACAAGGCCAAUGACUUCAGUCUGGAGAUCCCAGUGGGAGCCAUUCCCGAGGGAGAGUUGACCUGGGGGUGGCCCUCUCUGGCCGAUUCGAGUUCCCAAAAGGUCUGAGACUUGUGUCUCCCGUGUUCUUGAUCUGCGCCAAGAAAGAAUCCCAGUUCUGCAAACCAGUCUUAGUCACCAUCCCUCACUUCCUUAACCUUACGAAUGAUGACGACAUCACAUCUCUGGGUCUCACUUUCCUCAAAGCAGACCACAACAAGAACUCUGAGGGUCUGUACGAGUUCAAGAGAGC